GUCACAAAGUUGUCUUUCAGAAUGUCUUGUCACUGAUUGAUUGUUGUACAGAAAUUUAAUGUAAAUUUAGUAAAAUAGGCUUAUAAUGCUACGUACGUUAUUUAUAAGGCGUAUGUGCAGUGCACAAACCUCGGCGACGAAGAAGCCGCCAAUCCCUGUUUUUGGUAUCGAAGGUCGUUAUGUGACGGCGCUGUACAGCGGGGCCAGUCAGUUGAACCAGCUAGAGGAUGUGGAGAAGAGUCUGCGCGCGCUUCAGAAGGAGCUCACUAAGCCCAAAAUUAUCGAUUUCGUAGAGACCAGCAUGAUUUCUGCAGCUAAUAAAGCAAAAUUAUUGGCAGAAAUUGCAAAAUCAGCAGGAAUGCCAGCAGCCGCGGUAAAUUUUUUGACUGUGGUGGCCGAAAACAACCGCUUAAAGAAGUUGAGGCGAAUGAUCACCAUGUUCAUGGCCGUGAUGGUGGCACACAGGAACGAGGCUCUGUGCGAAGUCAUCACCGCCAAGCCUUUGGACGACAGCGCGCGCAAAUCACUCAUGGAUGCCUUGAAAAAAUUCGUUAAACAGGGGAAAAAUAUCACGUUGACUGAAAAAGUUGAUCCCUCCAUCAUCGGAGGCAUGAUUGUUGGAAUCGAAGACAAGCAUAUCGAUAUGAGCAUUGCUAGAAAGAUACAAAUGUAUACUGAUAUUUUGAAACAAUCUGUGUAAUAGAAAUAAAAUACACAUAUGUUGGUAACUUUUUA